AGAAUGGAAGGGGAUAUAUUGAUAGAUAAUUUCAGAGAAAUAUGCACAUGAGACUCAUCCAUUAGGGGUAACCCAACACUCUCUUCUCUUCUAAUUGCCAUUAACGUAAUCAGGAAUCAUUCUAAUCACCCACUUCAGCUUUUACAUAGGGAAAGGGAAAUGACGAGAAAGAAGAUACCGAUCAAGAAGAUCGACAACAUAAAUGCGAGGCAAGUGACUUUCUCUAAGAGGAGAAAAGGUCUUUUCAAGAAGGCUCAGGAACUGUCAACCCUUUGUGAUGCUGAGAUAGCUCUCAUAGUCUUUUCUGCCACCAGCAAGCUCUUUGAGUAUGCAAGUUCAAGCAUUCAACAAACAAUUGAAAAGCGUAAUCGGCAUGCAAUGAUUCAAGGACUAGAAAACCAGUGUAUUGAGCAGCAGCAGCUUGGAAGUGACUCCUAUGACAUGCUGCGCAAGGAAGUAGAAGAUAAGGCUCAUGAACUGAGUAGGUUGAAUGGAGAAGAAUUGCAAGGGUUGACAAUAGCAGAACUGCAGAAACUGGAGGAACUCCUUCAAAGACGUUGGACCACUAUUUCAAAAAUCAAGGAUGAAAAAAUUUUACAAGAGAUCAACCACCUUAAGACAAAGGAAGCCGAACUUAAGGAAGAGAACAAGAAAUUGAAACAGAGCUUUGUACAAGAGCAAAGGCAAUCAUACGAGUCAAUUACUUGCAGUUCAUCUGAUCAUCCGCCAGACUAUGGUAGUUCUGAUACAUCUCUCAAGUUGGGGUUGCCUGCAUUUCAAUAAAACAAAAAUUGUUGACUUGGUUCAGAGGACUAUGUGAGAAGUGAACAGAUUUACAUCACCAUUGUGUCUCUCAGCCAAGAUCAGUGUUAUUUUUCGUAUUUGAAAACAACUUGCUGGUGAGUUGUACCAGCUGAAUUUUAUUGGGAAAAUGUGAGUAACUUAGUGUAUGUUUAGUAGCACAUUUACAUCUUUAAGACACAUUGCAUGAUGUAAAUGUGUUUUAAUUAUUUUGUCAACAUAUUUGGUAAGUAUGAAUUAAAAUUGAUUGACUUUCAUCUCAUGUUUAAAUAGACAUGAUUAGUUAUAAUAUUUAUGUUUAGU